AUGAAAUAUUCAAACGAGUCCAAGCCUCUACAAAAAUCAAAAUUGACCGAGAAACUCAUCUCCUCAGAAAAUUUUCCCGACCCCGAAAAGCAAUCGGAGAUAUAACCAAUAACAGUUUUGGGCAUCAGAUUAAAGAGAAGAUUCACUAAAAUCAACUUAUUAGCCAUCCCCUAUCUUUUCUUUACUAUUGCUAUUGUAGCGAGUUUUAUAAAUACUCAGAUGAUUUUUAUUUUGAGGCAUGAGGACUACUUUAAUGUUCCUAUUAAUUAGCUGGGCACUGUCACUAGUGAUAUGAUGUUCUAUAUGCAACUUAGCUCUAUAAUUUUGAGUUUGUUCAUCGGCUAUAUAUUUGACAUGUUUGGGAGAAAGAUACCAAUAUUUAUCAGUAUACUCGUUUGUGGUUUCUUAAUGGCAUGCAUACCUUAGACUGCACCGACUGUUUAUCCGACUUUAAUACUAGUCAGAAUACUCAUUGGAUUAUUGAUGAUCGCACCAAAUUGCCAUCCUUUAGUUAGUGAUUAUGUCAGUAAACCCUUCAGAGGCCGUGUCACUGGGUAUCAGAGUUACGGUCAGAUUUUCGGCGAAUUUUUCACCUACGCCGUGCUAUUCAAUAUUCAAAUGGAAAACUUCAAGAUCAGUUAUUUAGUAGUGGGUCUUUUCAUUUCCUGCUUAUCAAUUCCGGCCUUAGUCAUGAUAAAAGAACAUAGAAGAACUAAAACUGAAAAGAUUGCUGAGAUCAGUCACCCAGUAAGAGAAGAUUGCUGCUAGUCAAGAGGGGGAGGAAUCUUUGCAAGAUUCAUGUGCUUGACUAGAGUUUUAAAAUCAGAAUGCUAAGAAAAUAUAAUUUUGCCUUUGACUUUUUUCGGAGUAUUCAUUAUAAAACAAUCGUCAGUUCUCUAUAAUACAUUUUUAAUACUAAGAAUAACCUCUUAUGUUGACAAAGGAAUCCUUGAAAAUGAUUUGUAAGCUCGCUAAAUAGUCUAAAUGAUUAAGAUCUACUAAGUUUUUGCCAGUUUAUUCCUAAUUGUUUUUACAGGCCAUUACUCAGAUAAAUUUUAAUACAGAAUUACGAUCCCGAUUGCUUUUACAAUUAAAGCUUCUGUUAUAUUUUUGCUAAUUUUCCUUGAUAAUCCAAACAGCUUUUUGUUCCAAUUAUGCUGUAUUGCUAUUUAGUCAUUUUCAUUAAUACAGAACAUCUUAAUAGAUGGUUUAUUCUCUAAAAAUCUAAAAAAAGAGAUUAGAGGUACAUUGAACGGAGUUUAUUACUUCUUUGGAAGUCUAGGCAUGCUUUUAUAUGCCAAACUAGGGGGAUAUCUCUAUGAUAAUGUGUCCUAAGAUACUCCUUUCUAUAUUGCAUCAGGACUAAAUGUUGCUUUUGGAACACUAGUUUUGAUUCUGAGCCUAACUAAAACAUUUAAGCAUUGA